UUUAAAAAUAAUUUGAUAACCGAGCUCUUUCUUUGCACGUGAACUCGAUCUCUCUGUGUCUCCCAGUUGAUUUGUUGAAAAAGUGAACGUGUGCAGCUCUUAUAAGCUCUUUCAAACAUUGUGGGUGUUUCCCAUUGAAUGGUAGCAGGUGGUCGGCGCAGUUAACAAAUCCCAGCAAAUGAACAAGAAUUCCAUCUCCUUAGGUUUCUUAAUCUUGCUUCUCUUUUCUCUUUUGCAUAUUGUCUUGGUCGCUCCUUCGGAUGGUAUGCUGUAUGAUUCUUCUGCUUAUACUGAGUGUCAAGCGAGACCAGAGGCACCCUUAUACCAUGGAGGAGUCCUAAAAAAUCAAGCUUUGGUUCAGCCACGUGGCCGAAUCGCAACAACAAACAGUGCAUUAUAUACGCCAGCUCUCAUGCUACAUAAUCUCACGGGUGGCACAGUCUAUUGUUUCUCUAGUUGGGUGAAAAUCAAGGGAGCAGAUUCAAGUCUGAUAAGGGCAAGCUUAGCAGGUGAAGAUCUCCAUGAAUGUGUUGGGAGUGUCAUUGCGAAACGUGGUUGUUGGUCGUUUCUCAAGGGUGGAUUUGUUAUUUCUUCUUCUUCCAAUUUUUCCCUCCUUUAUUUCCACUAUCAGAAUGCAGAAGAAAAAGAUAUCAGUAUAGAGAUUGCUAGUGCUUCUUUACAGCCAUUCACUUCUCAGCAAUGGGAAAAAAAUAGGCAACUCAGAAUCAAUGCAGAAAGAAAACGGGUGGUUACUUUACAUGUAUCAGAUAAACAAGGAGAUAGAGUGGAAGGAGCACUAGUUCAAGUUCAGCAAAUCUCCAAAGAUUUCCCACUUGGAUCAGCAAUAGCAAGUACCGUUCUGGGAAAUCAACCAUAUCAGAAUUGGUUUGUAAAGAGAUUUAAUGCAGCAGUAUUUGAAAAUGAACUCAAGUGGAACGCAACAGAACAUGAACCAGGGAAGGUCAACUACACCAUACCAGAUCAAAUGCUGGAAUUUGUUAGAGCCAACCAAAUCAUCUCCAGAGGACACAACAUUUUUUGGGAAAAUCCAAAGUUUGCACCACCAUGGGUGCGAAACCUUUCCGAUCAUGAUCUAGAAUCCGCCAUCAACUUCCGGAUUCAAAGUCUGAUGAAGAAUUACAAAGAUGAAUUCAUAAACUGGGAUGUCAACAACGAAAUGCUUCAUUUCGAUUUCUACGAGCAACGGCUAGGCCCCAAUGCUAGUUUACGUUUAUUUGAGAUGGCACACCAAUCAGAUCCAUUAGCAACUUUAUUUAUGAAUGAAUUCAAUGUAGUAGAGACUUGUGCUGAUUACCACUCUACUGUUGAUGCUUACAUUUCCAGGCUAAGGGAGCUCAAACUUAAUGGAGUUUCAAUGGGUGGAAUUGGCCUACAAGGUCAUUUUACAAGACCCAACCCUCCUUUAAUAAGGGCAGUCCUAGACAAGUUGGCUACACUACACCUUCCAAUUUGGCUAACAGAAGUUGAUGUCAACAAAAAAUUUGAUAUGGAAACACAGGCUUUAUACCUUGAGGAAGUUUUAAGAGAAGGCUUUUCACAUCCUUCUGUAAAUGGUAUAAUGCUUUGGACUGCACAUCAUCCCAAUGGAUGUUAUCAAAUGUGUCUUACGGAUAACGAUUUUCAUAACCUUCCUGCUGGUGAUGUGGUGGACAAGCUCCUCAUGGAGUGGCAAACUGGGGAGAUUGAGGGACUAACUGAUGAGCGUGGUUCAUAUAGCUUUAAUGGUUUCCUUGGUGAAUACAAGGUUAGUGUAAAGUAUGGCAAUCAGACGGCUAGUUCAACAUUCUCUCUCAAUCGUGGUGGUGAAACUAGACAUUUUAGCAUCCAAUUGUAAUCCUAAAAAAUUCUCUGGCUUUUAGAUGAAACUUUUACAGCAGCUAGUUUCUAUGUGUGUCCAGAUAUAUACUUGUGAACAAUUUUUGUAAGCGAUUAGGUUCACCAUUUAAACUAAACUACGAUCGAUAUCUUGAAAUA